CUAUAAAAGACGCAUCAGAAUGCCGCUUAUAGCAAACACACGAAAGGAUAACCGUCACAGGCAAAUCAGACCUUGCCAUGAGUCUACCAGGGUUGUUAUUGGCGUUGUAUAUGGUAGACCUUGUAUAUUGUGGUCAAUACGAUAAUUAUAUGGUACAAGAACAUAACAAAUAUAGAAAGAUGGAAGCAAAGAAAGGAGCUGCUAAUAUGGAGAAAAUGGUUUGGAGUGAUACGAUUGCCAACGUUGCGCUGAAAUGGGCCAAGACCUGUACUGUAGGACAUAAUGGAAACACAGGGUACGGCGAAAAUUUGUAUUUUCAUACAAUUAGAGAUAAAGGACAAGAAAGGGAAUUGAUAGAGAGGGGAAUAAAGGCUUGGUAUGAUGAGUAUACGCUGUGGAAUUGGUCCACAGGAUUUACGGUGCCCACAGGUCAUUAUACACAGCUUGUGUGGGCAAAGACUAACAAAGUUGGAUGUGGUAUAUAUACUUGUCCACCAAAUGGCCAGUUCCGAGACAAAUUUCUGUACCUUUCCUGUUUUUACAAUCCACCUUCUAGUGGUAACUUCAAUGAUAAUGGUAAAUUUCGUACUGGAGAUCCGUACAUCAAAGGACGUGCUUGUUCUAAAUGUGCAGCAGGACAACAAUGUAACGAUGGUUUAUGUUCAGGAUCUAAUAACGGCGGAAAUGUAUGGGAUAAUAACAGCAAUGGUGGAGAAACUGGAACGGAUAAUAAUGUAAACUGGUGGGAUAGUAACAUCAAUGGUGGUGAUACUAGUAGCAAUAAUGAUAAUAAUUGGUGGAAUAAUAAUGAGGGGAACACAGGCGGAAAUUCGUGGGACAAUACCGACAGUGAAAAUUGGUGGGAUGGUGGAAAUACAUGGGACAACACCAACAGUGGAAAUUCGUGGGAUGGCGAACAAUCGUGGGACAAUAAAGGAAACAGUGGAAAUUCGUGGGACAAUAAUGGCAACAGUGGAAAUUCGUGGGACAACACUAACAUUGCAAAUUGGUGGGAUGGUGGACAAUCAUGGGACAAUAAUGGCAACAGUGGAAAUUCAUGGGACAAUAACGGCAACAGUGGUAACAAUAAUUGGGAUAGUUGGAAUUCAUGGGACGCUGACUGGAAUGCUGGAAACUCGUGGGACAGUAACGUAGAUAAUGGAAACUCUUGGGGAAAUAAUUGGAAUAGUGGAAAUUCUUGGGACAAUACCUGGAAUGGUGUAAACUCUUGGGAAAAUAACUGGAAUGGUGGAAACUCAUGGGACAGUAAUGUAAAUAGCGGAAAUACAUGGGACAAUAACUGGAAUAAUGGAAACUCAUGGGACAAUAAUUGGGAUGAUGGAAACUCAUUGGACAAUAAUUGGGAUGACGGAAACUCAUGGGACAGUAACGGAAAUAGUGGUAAUACAUGGGACAAUAACUGGAAUAAUGGAAAAUCAUGGGACAAUAAUUGGAAUGAUAGAAACUCGUGGGACAAUAAUUGGGAAGAUGGAAACUCAAGGGACAGAAACGGAAAUAGCGGAAAUACAUGGGACAAUAACUGGAAUAAUGGAAACUCAUGGGACAAUAAUUGGGAUAAUGGAAACUGGUGGGACAAUAAUUGGGAUAAUGGAAACUCGUGGGACAAUAACCAAAACAGCGAAAGCUCUUGGAACAAUGACUGGAAUGAUGGGAAUUCAUGGGAUAACAGCUGGAAUGGUGGAAAUGACUUUUGGUGGAAGCGUGGAAAAGUUGUACGGCUAAAACAAAAUGGAAGAAAACGCCAAAGUGACAAGCAACUAGACACAGACAGGAAUAAUAAAAGGCAGAUGAAUAUCGCGAAAGUUAAUCACAGAAGUCUGCAUUCGGCGGAUAAAGUUGCUCUUGAACUCCAUCAGUUAAGACAAAGUGAUGCGACCAAAUCUGGUCUUGGAGUCAAACAAAUAACACAAAGAAAUUCCCCGACAUUACGCCAUCGGAUAAGACAACUUUUCAAUAGGAAACGCAUAGAUAGGCAGCUAAAGCCUAAAAUGAAGAAGGAACAGCGGUUGUCAACAUUAAAAAGAUUAGUUUCUUUAGUUAAAAGUUUAAAGAAAAGGCAAUUAAAGACUAAACAAAAAGACGAUGAAAGGAAACAAUAAGAGCUAGGACCUAAUAUUUCACGACUAGUUUUCUUUAA